UGAAAUGAACUGAAAACUGAGUCUCUCUCAUUUUUGUUUUCUAUUUUUUGACUUUUUAAGUGUUCUAUAUUUAUAUAAUAAUUUAAUAAUAUUUUAAAACUUUUUUAUAGUAAUUUUUGUGUCAUUGCUUCGCUUUUUUUUAAUUUUUUCUCUGGAACGGUUUCUCAGAACAGUAGAUCGCGAAUUUUCUCUAUUUUUUCUUCUAAUUUCAUUUCAGUUACAAAAUUCCGAAAAUUCUUUCAAAAAGGAACGUCAAAUCCGUUAAAUUUUAUCUAGUUCAAAUCUCUUUCUCCCUUUUCCUUCUAAUUAGAAGCCGCCAUUUACUGCGUAGUCUGAGGAGAUUGAAACAAAAUCACAAAAUUCAAAAUCCUUCGCAUUUUCGAAAAUUAUCUCCGUUUUUUUUUUGGGGGGGGUGGAUUUCGACGCAAGGAAUCGAAUGUCCAUUUUCCAAACAGCGAUGAAAUGAAAUAUUUGGAGAUUUCGGAACCUAUUUUCAUCUCCAACUCUUGUUUUUAAAACAGUUGAGAGUGAUGGGCUGCGUCUACUCGAGAGCUUGCAUCGGCGAGAUUUGCGUGCCGAGAGAUGCAAGAAUCAAAGAACCGCAAAGCGCAAGACCAAACGCGGCAGAGAUUGCCGUUUUCUCGCCCGCAUCUUCAAACGAAGACGAAGAAAACAGAGACCAAAUCCACUCUCAGUUAAGCUUGAACCGAGCCGGUGACCCGGAGCUUGGCAUCACCCGCCUCUCUAGGGUUUCGGCGCAGUUCCUUCCACCGGACGGCUCCCGAAACGUUAACGUUCCGUCAGGCAAUUACGAGCUUAAGUAUUCUUACUUAUCUCAGAGAGGUUAUUAUCCAGAUGCUCUAGAUAAAGCUAAUCAAGACAGUUUUUGUGUCCACACUCCGUUUGGAACAAAUCCCGAUGAUCAUUUCUUCGGCGUUUUCGAUGGCCACGGUGAAUUCGGAGCUCAAUGUUCGCAAUUUGUGAAAAGAAAAUUAUGCGAAAAUUUAUUAAGAAAUAAUAAAUUCCACGUUGACGCCAUCGAAGCUUGCCAUGCCGCGUAUUUGACGACGAACACACAGCUACACGCCGAUAACUUGGAUGAUAGCAUGAGCGGAACGACGGCUAUAACGGUUUUAGUUCGUGGUCGGACGAUAUACGUGGCGAAUUCUGGUGAUUCAAGAGCGGUUAUAGCGGAAAAAAGAGGGAAAGAAAUCGUAGCCGUUGAUUUGUCGAUUGAUCAGACGCCGUUUCGAGUUGAUGAGCUGGAGAGAGUGAAGCUCUGUGGAGCGAGAGUGCUUACAUUGGAUCAAAUUGAAGGGUUGAAGAAUCCGGAUGUGCAGUGUUGGGGAACGGAGGAAGGCGAUGAUGGUGAUCCUCCGAGGCUUUGGGUGCCGAAUGGGAUGUAUCCUGGAACGGCUUUUACGAGGAGUAUUGGGGACUCGAUUGCUGAGACAAUUGGUGUUGUGGCGAAUCCGGAGAUAGUUGUGUUGGAGCUUACUGAAGAUCAUCCUUUCUUUGUGCUUGCUAGUGAUGGGGUUUUCGAGUUCCUUUCUAGUCAAACUGUGGUUGAUAUGGUUGCAAAAUACAAUGAUCCUCGUGAUGCUUGUGCUGCAAUUGUAGCUGAAUCUUAUCGACUUUGGCUUCAGUAUGAAACUCGUACUGAUGAUAUUACUGUCAUUGUUGUGCAUAUUAAUGGACUAGUUAGUGCUGAUGGUGAAUCAGCUAAACCUUCUACUAUUUUACGGCCUCCUGUUCCUCAAGUGUUAGAGGGGACAGGAUCAGAAUCUCCUUCAACCUUUAGCUGGAGCUCUAGGAACCACCGAGCAAGGCAUGACUUAUCACGGGCUCGUCUUCGUGCUAUUGAGAGUUCAUUGGAGAAUGGACAAGUUUGGGUUCCACCACCUCCAGCUCACAGGAAAACUUGGGAAGAAGAAGCACAUAUAGAGCGGGCAUUACAUGACCAUUUCCUCUUCAGAAAACUAACUGAUAUGCAGUGUCAUGUUUUAUUGGAUUGCAUGCAAAGAGUUGAGGUUCAACCAGGGGAUAUUGUGGUUAAACAGGGUGGUGAAGGUGACUGCUUCUAUGUUGUUGGAAGUGGAGAAUUCGAGGUCUUCGCAACCCAGGAAGAUAAAAAUGGAGAGGUGCCUAGGGUUUUGCAGCGGUAUACGGCUGAGAAGUUAUCAUCAUUUGGGGAGCUGGCACUGAUGUACAAUAAGCCUCUCCAGGCCUCUGUGCGUGCUGUGACAAGUGGAACUCUUUGGGCCCUAAAACGAGAAGAUUUUCGUGGAAUUUUGAUGUCUGAGUUUUCUAAUUUGUCAUCCUUGAAGUUGCUUCGCUCUGUAGAUCUUCUAUCGAGGUUGACAAUCUUACAGCUGAGUCAUGUUGCAGAGUCUCUUUCUGAAGUUUCCUUCGCCAAUGGGCAGGCCAUAGUUAACAGGAAUGAAGGCCUCUCUGCAUUGUACGUUAUCCAGAAGGGCCAAGUGAGGAUUACUUUUGGUAUGGAUUUGUUAAGCAAUCCUAAUGUCCACAGUCUCAAGUCUGAUAACCCCAAAGAGGAUGAUGAUCGACAAACCAGCAAAGAAUUGUCUGUUGAAAAGACAGAAGGGAGCUAUUUUGGGGAAUGGGCCCUUCUUGGUGAAGAGAUGGGUUCCUUAAGUGCAGUUGCUGUGGGUGAUGUCACGUGUGCUAUUUUGACGAAGGAGAAGUUUGAUUCAGUCGUUGGUCCUUUGACAAAGCUUUCCCAGGAUGAUCAGAGAGAAUAUUCUCCAGAUGUGCACAAAGAUUCUGUCAAGGAAAUUGAUAUUUCAGCUUUUGCUAAAGUUAGCCUCUCUCAAUUGGAGUGGAGAACAUGUUUAUAUUCCACUGACUGUAGUGAGAUUGGGCUUGUACUUCUAAGAGACUCAGAAAUUUUGCUUAGUUUGAAGAGGUUUUCAAAGCAGAAGGUCAGAAAACUAGGAAAAGCAGCACAAGUUUUAAAGGAGAAGGAACUGAUGAAGAGUAUGAGUUCUGCAGCUUGUGUGCCAAAGGUGCUGUGCACUUGUGCUGAUCAAGUGUAUGCUGGAAUUUUAUUGAAUACAUGCCUUGCCUGCCCUUUGGCUUCAAUACUUCACACCCCUCUAGAUGAACAAUCGGCACGGUUCUGUGCUGCCUCUGUUGUUACUGCCUUAGAAGAUCUACAUGAGAAUGGUGUCCUUUACAGAGGUGUAUCUCCAGAUGUUAUAAUGUUGGACAAAACAGGCCAUUUACAGCUAGUCGACUUCAGAUUUGGGAAGAAGUUAUCUAGUGAGAGAACAUUUACAAUUUGCGGAAUGGCAGACUCUUUAGCACCAGAGGUGGUUCAGGGAAAGGGCCAUGGUCUUCCUGCUGACUGGUGGGCACUGGGAGUCCUGAUCUAUUUCUUGCUGCAAGGUGAAAUGCCAUUUGGAUCAUGGAGAGAAAGCGAGCUUGAUACAUUUGCAAAGAUUGCAAAAGGACAGUUUAUUCUUUCGCAAAAUUUAAGCCCUGAAGCAGUUGAUCUAAUCACUAAGUUACUUGAAGUUGAUGAAAAUAUAAGACUGGGAUUCCAUGGUUCCACUUCUGUGAAAAGUCAUCCAUGGUUUGACGGUGUUGACUGGAAAGGGAUCAAAGAUUGGAGUUUUCCUGUUCCUCACGAGUUAACUUCCCGUAUAGCUCAACAUUUGGAAAUACAUUCUGAUGAUUGCCCUGUUGCUGUUAGUUCCCCAGCUCAAGAUAUAGCAGGGCUCAAUGUUCCGGAGUGGCUUGAUGAAUGGUAGAAGAAUGAUCUAUAUGGUUUUCCAUCAUUCUACUUUUUGCCAAUGGUUUGGUAGUGGAGUUCCAUUCCACGUGGUAAGAUUGACUACUGGAUUAUCGGAAACUGGACAGAGAAAUCAUUGCAGGCAUUAGAUUGCUCAUAAUUCUGUGAUUUUUUUGAUGCCAUUAAUUCAUAGUAGCAUUGGAAGAAACACCUCAAUUAGGUGAUUGUGCUGUGUUGCCAAAUUAGCGAUCUAACCAAUUCAGUGGAUAGCUCAGUUGAUAGGUUUUUGAAUUUUAAAAUCUUCAAUUUUUUACAUAUUUCCCACUUUUGUAAAUAUGUAAAUGAGGGCUCCCUGUGAUUCAAGAUUUCCACCUUUCUUGCCAGUGGCAGUCGAUAGUUAAUUGAUUGGCUUUGGCCGUUUGGGUCAUCAUAGAUGUAUGGCACGUUAUGAUAUGUUAUUUGAUAUAAAGUGGGGAUUGUUUUGCAUGAAACAACUGGAUUUCAAAUAAAUAAACAUCAAUGGUGGAAUACCUUUGCAAGCAAUAUGAAUUAGAGAGGUCAAUCAUACAGCAGAGAUGCAGUAUCUAUGGUGUUCAAAUGACCCACUGCCUCGAAUAUUUUCAAACGAGCAGUGAUGCGCUCAGGUUGGUUUGGUAUCUGAGUGGCUUCAUCUGGUCAAGGAGUUAUGGACAAAGAAAAACAGAUAAGCUGGUUUAGUUUGGUACUAAAUGUGAUUGAUUUUAUUAUAUCAAGUGGUAGAGAAAAAUGUGCCAUUGAAAUAAAUAGCAUGGAACCUUCAAAGAUGCCAUAGAUUCAGCAAAGCAGGACAAGGAGGGAGUCAACUCUUACUGCUGCAGAUCAAGUGUUUUUUAAGUAGAUACUAGCUCUUGAGCCAGCGAUUUAGACAGGCAAACAAUACCAAAAAAGGGGCUGAAUCUGAGAAGACGCCGCCAAUAUAGAUUUUUUUUUUUGGUGGGAUUAUGCCAAUUGACCCAAAGAAAGAUGACCGCUGAUUGGCAGUGAAAUUACAUUGUAUUUUUAAAGUGAAAUGAAACUAUAUUGUUA